AUGAACCCGAAAAAAGGUUCCGGGAGAAGCGUCGCCCUCUCCAAGCGAAAGGCUCAACCAAAUGCCCUGGACAAGUUGGGUGACAACCCAACAGAAGAUGAGAUCAAAACCGCCGCCGCCAACGUGGCCCUUGCUGAUCUCGAGGAGAGAGUUGCCGACACGAGGGAAUCGUGGGAGACAGAUUCUCUCUUUGAGGAUGUUUUUGACGAGUUGAAUUCUGACAAUACCGUUGCUCUUGAUGACCCCAAAGUUUGCACACCAGAGGAAGCUAGCAGGCUUCGUCGGGAGCUCCGAGAGUAUGGCCCAGCCGUCUUUUGUCAACGUACUGUUGAUGCUGGCCAUUAUACCGCCAGGAAACUUCUCAGCGCCUUUGGCAUUCGUCCUCCCGCUUUUCUCGAGGGCGAACCUGAUGACGCCUACUUCAGUUUGUUGUCACUGGCCAUUACGCGUGAACUGUCCAAGCGCGCCAAGCUUUUGCGCUACAACACGGUCGACGAUGCUGUCGAUUUAAUUGCAAAGAGUAAGAACAUCGUUCUUAUCACUGGCGCUGGUAUUUCUACCUCGCUGGGCAUUCCUGACUUCCGUUCCAAAGGAACCGGUCUUUACUCCAAGUUGGAGCACCUUGGCCUCAGCGACCCUCAGGAAGUCUUCGACAUUGGCGUCUUCAAACAGGAUCCCACCAUCUUUUACUCAGUGGCCAAGGACAUCCUCCCGAGCACUAACCGAUACACGCCUACUCACAAGUUCAUUGCCAUGCUCAAUGAGAAGGGGAAGCUGUUGACAAACUACUCUCAGAACAUCGAUAACCUUGAAGUCAAGGCCGGUGUUCCCAAGGACAAGCUCAUUCAGUGCCACGGCUCUUUUGGAACAGCUACCUGUGUUCAAUGCGGCUACCAAUGCCAAGGAGAGGUCAUUUUCCCAGAGAUCAAGGCCGACAAAAUCCCCCGAUGCCCACGCUGCAUUCAGACGCUGCGCACAACUAGUGGUCAGCCUAAGCGCAAGCGUUCUGCAGGUACGGAGAAGAAGCGAAGACGUUGGAGCGCCGAAAGCUCCGAUGAAUCCGAGUACGACAUUCCUACUGCCGGUGUCAUGAAGCCUGAUAUCACUUUCUUUGGCGAGGCUCUGCCUGAUGAGUUCUCGCGACGACUCACCGAGCACGAUCGCGACAAGGUAGACCUUGUUAUUGUCAUUGGCACUUCUCUCAAGGUCACACCUGUUUCUGAGAUCGUGUCCUGGUUGCCAUCUCACAUCCCUCAGAUUUACGUAUCUCGCCAAGCCGUCAGCCAUAUUAACUUUGACAUUGAUCUCUUGGGUGACUGCGACGUUGUCGUUGCUGAACUCUGUCGUCGUCUCGGUUGGUCCAUGGUCCAUGAGAUGGUUCCCAAGGACCAAAAGAUCGAGGUGCGUAAUGAGCCUGGCUACAAGAGUCGUCAUCUCUUUGAGGAGAAAACGCCUUGA